CUUUCGUUUUUCUUUCCCCAUAGACUCAUCACUUAAAUUUCUCCUUCCAUAUCCUUCUUCAAUGUUCUUCUGCAAAAUGGCCCCUACUUCCCUCGCUUUCCGCUGCCGACAAUCCAUCACCCCAACUGCAAUCCGAUCCUACGUUGCCGAGUUCAUCUCCACCUUCUUCUACGUCUUCUCUGUCGUUGGAGCAUCCAUGGCCUCCCAGAAGUAUAUGCCAGGCAUUACUACGGCAGACCUAUCGAGUCUUCUGGUGGCCGCUAUUGCCAAUGCCUUUGCUUUGGCUUCAGCCGUAUACAUUGCCGCCAACAUCUCCGGUGGACACGUCAACCCGGCAGUGACGUUUGGAAUGGCCGUUGGUGGCCAUGUCAGCGUUCCCACUGCUCUCUUUUACUGGUUUGCUCAAAUGCUUGCCUCUGUCAUGGCCUGCAUUAUUCUUAGAGCCACCAUUGUUGGACAGCACGUUCCAAGCUAUGCCAUUGCCGAUGAGAUGACGGGGUUCGGAGCGUCGGUGGUGGAAGGUGUAUUGACAUUUGCGCUUGUAUACACCGUCUUUGCCGCCAGCAAUCCGAGACGAGGUCCGUGCAAUGCGAUUGGUGCGGUGAUGAUUGGGCUGAUUGCUGGAGCCAAUGUGCUGGCUGCGGGGCCAUUUUCGGGUGGAUCGGUGAACCCGGCGUGUGCAUUUGGAUCGGCGAUUGUGGCGGGGAGUUUCAAGAACCAGGCAGUGUAUUGGGUUGGGCCAUUGAUUGGGGCGGCUUUGGCUGGAAUUGUUCAUGAUAAUGUGGUUUUUCCGAUUGAAAAUGUAGAUUCAUUCAGAGGGGUUUCUGAGGCUGUUAUCGCUUGAUUUUUUAGGGGUUGGUUUUGUGCAAAAAGUUGAAUAUUUUCACCGUUGUUCUUGUAGUUGAUUAUAUGUUAUAUAAUAAUUUGUAUCUAACAUGAAUUUUUUUUUA